AUGGCUCCCAACACCCCUCAGCGCAUGAGGAUGGGCCUUACCAUCCCCAGGCUGUAUCGCGUCUUCUUCCUCGGCAUCGAGCCCAUCUCUGCCCUCGUAGGAGCCUACUAUGCUUAUGCCAGGCCCGACGACUACCUGCAACUCACUCACGCCGCUUCGAAGCCAGACGUCAUCCCUCAGGGGACAUCCAUCGUCCUGUCUCAGCUCGCGAACCUCUACCUCCUCUUCGCCCUCAACGAAGCUCUCGUUCUUCGCUCGACGUCGGACCUACGCGUGUGGAAGACGGUCCUCUUCGUCCUCCUCGUGGCUGAUAUCGGUCACCUCUAUACCGUGCGAAGCCUCGGCCCAGAGGUCUACUACAACUUUGCCAAGUGGAAUGCCAUCGACUGGGGAAAUGUCCCCUUCGUCUAUCUUGGUGCCUCGAUGCGGAUCGCGUUCCUCGCAGGUGUCGGGUUGACCCGCGGCCGAACACAGGUUCAGAAGCAGCGAUAG